AGUUUCCUUCCUUAUCAACUUUUGACGUAGACGUGUUUGUCAGUUUGCCGAAAGAUAUUUUGUUAUGUAUGUAAAAUAACUAUAAUAAUAAGCUACAGAAAUGGAACAGUUGUUUACACUUCCUUUUUCAAUACUAGAAGUACCGAAUAUAAAGGUUAAAAAGCCAUCAUGGCUUCAGCAACCCUCGCCUAUGGUUAUGUUUUCAAUUGUGUUGUUUUCUUAUUUUCUUGUGACUGGGGGUAUUAUUUAUGAUGUCAUUGUUGAACCGCCAAGUGUAGGAUCCACUACAGAUGAGCAUGGACAUACAAGACCUGUUGCCUUUAUGCCAUAUAGAGUAAAUGGACAGUACAUUAUGGAAGGUUUGGCAUCAAGUUUUUUAUUUACCAUGGGUGGUUUGGGUUUUAUUGUGCUGGAUCAUAUUCAUACUCCACAAACACCAAAAUUAAAUAGAUUAAUGAUAACAGCAGUUGGGUUUAUUUGUGUACUAGUCUCUUUUUGCACCACUUGGAUAUUUAUGAGAAUGAAACUACCUGGAUACUUAAACUCAUAAUCAUUUUUUUUAACCGUGAAUCUCUUAAAAUCUAAUUUGUAAUUAUACCACAAUAAAACUGUUUUGUAAAAAAAAAAUUUUAUUUGUAAAUAAACAAUAGAGAG